CAGGCGUUGAUCUCCACUUUGCUUAGAUACGACUCUAGCCCAACCCCUUGCUAAGGCACCAGGUCUGGAAAGGCUCAGAUCCUUUCUGAAAAUGAGUUUUGCAAUUGAGGAAGUUUCCUUUUCAGAGGUGAUGAUUGCUUUCUUUACUAUAGUAUUAAUCUUAAUCUAUGUACGAUUUUUAACAAAGAGCAAACAACCACUUCCACCAGGACCUUGGUCACUACCUAUUUUGGGGAAUCUUCUCCAGCUUGGAGAGAAUCCUUAUGUUUUCUUUGAUCAGAUGAGGAAGAAAUACGGAGAUGUGUUUCAGAUACAGCUUGGAAUGGUUCCUGUUGUGGUUGUUAAUGGGCUGGAUGCUGUAAAACAAGUGCUGCUGAAAGAUGGAGAAAGUUUUGCUGGCCGACCUGAUAUGCACACCUUUUCUUUUUUUGCCAAUGGUGAGAGCUUAUCAUUUUCAGUGAAGUUUGGAGAGAGUUGGAAGCUGCAGAAAAAGAUUGCUGUCAAGGCAUUAAGGUCACUUGCCAAGUCUGAAGCCAAGUCCUCCACUUGUUCUUGUCUUCUUGAAGAGCAUGUUUGUGCUGAGGCAUCAGAACUGGUAAAAACUUUUUUAGAACUCUCAAAGAAAGGGAGCUUUGAUCCUGUUGUGGUGACAACCUGUACUGUGGCCAAUGUUGUCUGCGCCCUCUGCUUUGGCAAGAGGUACAGCCGCAAUGAUGAACAGUUUCUGAGUGUGAUUAAACUGAGUCAUGAUCUGAUAAAAAUCACAGGUGUCAUCAAUCCAGCUGAUUUCAUACCAUGUCUUCGUUAUCUUCCACUUCCUGCUGCAAAGGUUGCUCGCGUGUUUUUUGGAAAAUUCAAUAACUUUGUUGCACAGCAUGUGGAAGACCAUUAUGUCACAUACGAUAAGAAUAUUUUCAGAGACGUCACUGAUGCCUUAAUUAAUGUUAGCAAUGAAAGAAAAGCAGUUGAGAAAACUGUAACCUUAUCAAAUGAAGAAAUAAUAAUUACUGUCAAUGACAUCUUUGGAGCUAGUUUUGGUACACUGUCAUCAUGCUUUCAGUGGAUAUUUCUGUACCUGAUAAACAACCCAGAAAUUCAGACAAAAAUUCAAGAAGAAAUUGAUGGAAACAUUGGGAUAAGACCUCCAAGGUUUGAAGACCGAAAAGACUUGCAUUAUAUAGAAGCUUUCAUCAAUGAAGUCUUCAGGCACACCUCUUUUAUUCCAUUCACCAUUCCUCACUGUACUACCAAAGACACCGUUCUCAAUGGGUACUAUAUUCCAAAAAAUACCUGUACGUUCAUUAAUAUGUAUCAAGUUAAUCAUGACGAAAACUUGUGGAUAGACCCUGACUUGUUUAAACCACAGAGAUUUUUGAAUGAAAAUGGUGAACUCAACAAGAGCUUGGUUGAAAAGGUUUUGAUCUUUGGAAUGGGGCUCCGAAAAUGCUUGGGAGAAGAAGUUGCACGUAAUGAGAUCUUUGUUAUCCUCACCACUGUCUUGCAGCAGCUGAGACUGGAGAAAUUACUUGAAGAUCAGCUAGAUAUAACACCAGUAUAUGGACUGUCUCUUACACCUAAACCCUAUAGAAUUUGUGUGUCAGUGCGUGCUUGACUUGAAGAAGAAUAUGAGGAAGGAACAGCUUUGCUUUCAUCACCUACUGAUUGUGUGAAAUAAUGUAAUACAAAGCUGCUGUUUCAAAGUUAAUUUUUUUCCAAAUGCAUUGGAUGUCAGCUCCUAUCUCUCUAAUAGAAAUAGAAAGCCCAACAUAUCUAAAGGGCAUCAAUUUCAAAAAGGCUAUUAUAAAGUCAGCCUAUGAUUGUACAGAGUAUUUGUACUUAUAACUAUGCUGUUUUAUAAAUCAUACUUUUAUCACUUUAUGCUUAUAAUGUGAGAUUAGCUGGAUGUCAGUCCUGGUUUGUCAUUAAUAAGUUCCUUGUACAUCUUUCUUUCUUUCCAUGCUAGACAAAUAGCUUAUAGAAGAGGGACAAUUCAGAUGGGAAAUCAGCAGUAUCAUAGCUUGAUAUAUCAUGUAUCCAAAAAUCGACUUUUAAACAUUUUUGUCAGCUGUGCAAGGUAGUCAGACAAGAAGUACACUCAGGAGUGCUAGCUCUAUCUUUACUGUAAGGUUACAUUAACAGAAUCUUCCAAGUCUGAAAGUACCUCUCCUGUCCCUCACUUCUACUCUCCCGAAACUAGGGAGGGUCCCUUCUGAUACACUUUCACCACCCCUCUUCCUUCAGUCUCAAAUUUCUAGGCUGCGGCUCUUCCUCCUGUCUCCAAGAUCAUUCACACACACCAUUACAAUUUUAAAAGAUGUAGGUGAUCCACUCAUGGAAUUCCAGAUGACACGCCCAUUUUGGCUUUCAGCUGCUGAAUAAACUUGUUUGAACAGGAGGUAAUUCCAUUCUCUCAUCUUUAUCCUGAUAAGAUUAGAUGGAUAAAAGUUAGAAAAGUAAAAUUUAUAUAAACAUAUUUUCUAGGUCUUAUACUAGGCUUCUUCUCCAAUUAUGCACAUUCUAACAUCCAAUUUCAUGGGCAUAGCAGGCUUAUAGUCACUGAGUGAUGGUAUUAUAUGUUAACAUGAAGGGAGGGAAGAUGUGUACAGAGCGAAAAAUGAGAAGAGGGACAGCUAUAUUCUCAUGCUAUGCUAGAGAAUAAGGUUCAGAAAGAAUAAACCAAAUAUGUAAUGUAAAAUAGGAAUUUUACAUAAAAGUUCAGGGAAUGGGAGCCUCUAUAUGUAACUGCGGGACUGAAACUUUUCCAGCAGCUGUAUCAUAUGUAGGCAGUAUCUUGUCCCUUCAGCCUGAUGCAUGUGAAGAUAAACAUCUGCAGAGGGAAAGAGAAAUUCUGGCAUCUGCAGAAAUAAUAAAGAGGUACACUGAGAUCUCAUGGUUUAACUGAAGGUAAUUAUCAGGGGUUGUAUGUAGACAGACAGUGUUUAGCCUUAAGGGUUAUGAUGUCUAGGGUUAGAAACCCUAACCCUAGCUCACUCAUACCUGUGUACUCUACUUGAGUUGUUCGGUAAUGAGCAUAUAUAAACCUCUUCCCACAUCAUUCUGUGGGCCUAAAUUAUACCACAAGACCAUGAUACCUUCUUGAACAGGCUGUCAGAGUUAGGAUGUGGGGGCACUGUACUAUGGUGGUUCCUCUCCUACUUGGAGACCAUUUCCAGAAGAUGGUGCUGGGGGAUUCUUUUCUGCCGCAUGGUAGUUGCGUUAUGGAGUCCCUCCGGGACUCAUUUUAUUCCCUAUGCUCUUUAACAUCUACAUGAAACCCUGGGAGAGGUCAUCCAAAGUGCCAUCAGUAUGCAGAUAUCCAAAUCUACCUUGGGUGAAGUGGUUGGUAUUCUGAACCAAUGCUUGGCAAAGUAAUAGACUGGAUGAGGGCCAAUGAACAGACUCAGUCCAGACAAGAUGAAGAUACUGAUUGUGAGUGGUGGAUCUGUCCAGUUGAGUGGUGCCCUGCCUGUCCUGGAGGGGUCUGCAUUUACCUGAAGUGAACAGGUUUGCAAUUUGAGGCUGCUCCUAGAUCUAUCACUUUCAUUAGAAGCUGAGGUGGCCUUGGUGGCCUGGAGUACCUUUUAUCACUUUUGGCUAACUGCGACCUUACCUGGACAAAGGCAGCCUCACAACAGUUACUCACACACUCAGUAAUUAUGUGAAUGGGUUGGAUUAUUUCAAUGUGUUGGAAAUGAGGCUGUCUUUGAAAAUGGUCCAGGAACUUUAGAUCAAAAUAGAGUGGCUAGACUGCUCAUUAGGACUGGCUGAUACAAAUAUAUUAUGCCAGGUCUUCACCAUCUACAAUGGUUGCUGGUCCAUUUCUGGACUCAGUUCAAAAUUCUGGCUUUGAUCUUUAAAGCCAUAAACAGCUUAGGACCAGAUUACCUGAAGGAGUACCUAUCCAGACCUUGAGAUCAUCUAAUGAAACCCUCUUCCAGAUCUCCUUACCAAAAAGGGUGAGAUGACCCUUUAUAAGAGGAAGAGCUUUUUCUCUGGUGGCACUCCGUUUAUGGAAUUCCUCCCCAGAGAGCUUGACUAGCUCCCACAUUAGCAUCAUGUUAGCACCUGAUGAAGAUUUUUCUGUUUUCCCUGGCUUGUUAACUGGCUUUUACUUGUAUUUUACUUAUAAUUUAGUUCAUACUGUUUUAAUUUUCAAAUGACCGCUUGCAGCUUCCUAGUUUAUAUGGUGUUUUUAUUUUGCAUUUUAUUUGAUUUUAUUGUAUACAUUUUUAUUCAAAUAGUAUUUUUAGCAUAUUUUAUUGUAAACUACCCAGAGAGAUUUGGCUAUUGGGUGGUUUAAAAAGUAUAAUAAAUAAAAAUAAAUACCAUGGGAAACUGUUUCCAUCAAUGAAUACUAGUAACUAAUUUUUAAAAACACCCAUUCUAUAUUGGUUGUACCUAACUUUGAAAUAAAAUAUUUUCAACUGUG